AUGAUUAGUCCGCAUUCGGUCUAUACAGACGAUAGAAGAUGCCGUUUUCUUUUGGCACAGUUCUGUCGAGAUAUAGGCUCUACAAGAUUAAAUAGUCUGGAAGUACUGUCUCUCCUUGAUUCAAAUAUCAAUCUCGCGCUAGACCUAGAACUUCAGUUCGAGAAAUCUUUGGACCCACUCAAAAUAUUGCGAAAUGUCAAGUCCGUUGUUGUGCGCAACGCAACAUUCGAAGAAACCCCUUGGCUGCCAGUACCCCCACAAUCUCUACGGCCCAUCGUCUCGAAAAACACUAUGAGUGAUAGCCCAGAAGACUUGAAGGUUUCAGGUCAAUUCAAGGAUGUCAUCACUGGGAGUUCGCUUGUUGAACGUCUAGAAAAAAUGCAUGGCUGCCUGGUCCACUACGUUGCAUCAUUUGAAUCCCGUCCACAAGCUCGCAAAGCCAUGGAACAGGGAUAUUUCUCGGCUCUCUACAGAGAAGAUCAACCUGAAGAUUAUUCCGCCGGCUUUGCCAUGUUCGAUGUCUUCACAGACCAUAUCAUGCAUCAAGCUUUGAGCACAUUAUAUACGUACAUUUUGUACAGCAACAUCGCCGUAAUUAAGUUGCAACGCAAACAAAUAAUCGACUAUCUGGACCCUCAGUAUGAGCGAAUCUGCGAGGCAGCAACAAGACUGAGCAUAUUUCUUGAGCAGGAUAAAUUAGGAACUGGAGGCCCGUUGUCAACACGAGUUCUUGAAGCUCAAAUGCUUCUCGAAGAACUCGGUGAUGCAAUCAUGGAUGGCGAUUCAUCAUUGACGUUCAAAGCCAUAUUGAAAAAAAGCUUGCCAAGCUCCGAAUUGGAGAAAGCCUCAGGAGAGAAGGAGGCAGGGCAAAAGAAGCUGGAACUACCAGGUUCGGGGUAUCGGGAUUUCCUUAGACUCUUUCCAAUUGUGGCGGACCAUUACUAUACUCGCUGUGAUGAAAUCCGCAAGGCGAGAGGAAUGUUAUAUGAGUGUGACCUGGGAGAUGAGACGGAACCCGACUUUUUUGGAGAUAUUUCACAUUACAAGGAGAUGAGUCAACACUUUGGCAUACCGCCGCCUUCUUCGAAAACAAUUCCUGAUGGAGUAGCAUAA